AUAAACUGAAACAUUCCAAAGUUCAAAGUUUAUUGUCUGAUCCCCCAGACCAAGCAGCGGUUUCGUUGGGUACGCGCAUUGAUUGAGGUUGAGUAUGGCGUCAGAUAUGCCAGGUUUGUCUUUGGACUCAUUUGAGAACCCGGAGGACAGGAGAGCACAGGAGCAUAGAUCUACCUAUCCCCCAGACAGGGGGGUGCCAGAGACAGAGGUCACAGCCAGUUCCAGCCAAGAUGGACCUCAGGUGACAGAAGAUGUACCAGCUCAGGAGAAGGGAGCAGAUGUUUGUCCGUUCUUCCUGCUGGGAAAGUGUCGCUUUGGAAACGGGUGUCGUCUGUCUCACAGCCCUCCUACAUUGGAAGACCCAGAGGCCGUUGACCAGGUAAACCGUAAGGAUGAAGAAAAUGAGGGUAGACCCAAGAAGAAAGAAAAAAAAGAAAAUAUAAAAAAGUCAAAAGACAUAAAGGGAAAAGGAUCAUCCAAGAAGCCGCGCAUGCGCACAGCCGAUGAUGUCAUCUCGCGGGUCCUGUGGGACCACUCAGUGGAGGCGGCAGAUGUGGUGGUGGGUUACGUGGACCGCUUCCUUGGGGUGCUGGAGCGGCCCUUCACUGAGUUCAACUGGGAUUCUGACCCCUGCAACUGUGACUUCUCUUCUGAGCUGGCUCUGCCCAGGCACAGGAUCCAGUACUUCAUCCACAAAGGGCGUAGAAUCUGGGACCGGCACACUAGGACUGACAGAGUGUUUGGAUCCACUGGACAAGGUCUGGUACCUCCCUUUGGACCGGAGGAGGAGCGGCAAGAGCAAGGAACAGUGUCGCAAGAAGUUGAACAACACCACUACCAUAUUAUUGACCAGCCUGAAUCGCCUCAGGAGCAAGAUGACAGAGUCAUUACACCAGAGGGGGUAGUGAGUGACAAUUCCCUGACAAAACAAGAUGCUGAAAAUGAACACCUGAAGGAAGGAACACAGAGACAGACGAGUGGCACAGGAAGUACUCCACUUGAUCAACAGGAAGCAGGAGGAGAAUCGCAGUCCUCAAAGGAGGAAGUGGUAAACGAUUCUGAUUUAGUUGUCUUAGCGGAUCAGAUCUCUCUAUCCCAGAGUGAAGGGAAGAGCAGAGAGGAAGGUCAGACAGAAGAAUGGAAGGAUUCGUGGGAUGGAGAUUAUUGCCCGUACUUAAUCCAGUGUUCGCCUGGGCCCCUGAAGCAGAGAGGGGGAGGACGGCCCUCCAAGCGUCGGCCCACUCACUUCAUCACCUUCCGGGCCAACACCCCGUCUGUCCUCUCCUCCUUCCAGCACCUUCAGCAGGAACUCACCCGGCUCAUCCCUUCAUCCGCCUCUCACUGGGUGCCUGCCCCGUCUCUCCAUGUCACCCUCUGUCUCCUUGUCCUCCCUGGCCCUGCCGAGGUCACUGCCGCUAAGGAGAUGCUCCAACGCUUUGCCUACCUGGACCGCAACCCCCCCGUGACAGUCUCCUUCCCCCUGAAACUGAAGCACUUUGGCGGGAAGGUUCUCUACCUGAGCCCCCAGCCUCAGGUUCACCUCCAGCAGCUGAACACUGGCCUGCAAGAGGCCUUCAGAGAGCAGGGCUGGCUGCACAGGGACUCCUUCAACCCACGCUACCACCUCACUCUGGCCAAGGCCUCUUUCUCUUCCUGCUAAAGGAGCCAACGCCCUGCUCAGCCAACAUUCCAUUCAUCACUGCCCCUGAACACAAGAUACUGGCCUAAUAAGUUGGAGACAGAGAGACUAGCUUGUCAGCAUAUGUGUAAUGGAUCAAACAAUGCAGAGUACAAAACCCUUCUGUAAAAUAAUGAAUAAAUAAGAAUGCCAAUAAAUACAUUUUCUAUGAGAUUAAUGCAAUAGUAGUAUUGUAAUGUAAGUAUUGUAAUGUAAGUAUUGUAAUUUAAUGCAAGAGAAACCAAACCAAUGGAAUGCUAUUAAGUUGAUAAUGUAAAAUGUCUGCUUUUACAAGGAAUGAUAACCUUCGAAUUGCCAGGAACAUUAAAUAUUUAACUGGUUACUUU